AUGGUAAUGGAGGUUGUUGUUCCGCGGCACUGUGCACAGCAAGUUUCGCGCCUCUACCGCGAUCCCACUUGGAAGUCUCUUCAGACCGCUGCUGCGUCUACAACACAGCUCUAUAAAAGUUCUAUCGAUGUGCAUCGACGUGGAUUUGAGAAGGGUUUCCGAGCGGGCCGUAUCAGUCUAGCGAAGGAGGUGAUGACUGCUUUGACUAGCGGAUCGGCAACUGAUUUGAAUAGUUUAUUCGAAAUGCUAUAUGCAAAUGUUCGUAUGUCUUCUGCUGACGAUGGUCAGCGUAUGGGUCCGCCGCCCGUCGUGUCCUCGGACACACUUGCGGCUGUUCAUCUUUUUCAGCAGGCACUCUCUCCUGCAGCUUCGGCAUCGCCACAGAGAGGGCCAGAUCUCAAUGCUUUUCUAUCCUCGCAAGUUCAGCGUCAUCGAAAGCGACAGCGUCAGCGUUCGCCUACGUCUCCAUCUACGCUCAUCAAGAAAGUGCGACGGAUAUAG